AUGCAGGACCUGCGUGCUGUCCGUCAGUGCACGAUGGGCCUCCGUCGAGGGCAGUUGGUGAUUGUAUUGCUGCUUCUCACUGCUUUUUCUUCUACAGCAGAAAAUUCCGUGUCCAGAGUAAAAAGACAGGACUGUGGACCACAAUACUUCCGGUGCCAGAAUGGAAAAUGCAUAAGAAACUUCAAGGUUUGUGAUGGAGCUGCCGACUGUUCAGAUAAAUCUGAUGAAAGUAAAGUGACUUGCAAAUCAAGAUUUUGCUCUAGUGCCCUCUUCCAGUGUGCAUAUGGUGCCUGUGUUGAUGGGAAUGCAGCUUGUGAUGGUACCAUCCAGUGUGAAGGUGAUGGCUCAGAUGAAGCUCCUGAGCUGUGUGGAACAUCUUCAGCCCCCAUGUGCACACUUCCACUCAAGCACAAAAAUGGUGGCUAUAAAGUGCUUGGCUGUGACUCCCAAUUUUGUGGUUUUGGACCAGGAGCACAAGUUCCUUCUGGCACACAGUUGCAGUUCUUCUGUGAUGAAGGAUAUCACAUCAGUGGGCCUAAUGAUUCCUAUUGCCUCGAUGAGGCAUUUUCUCCACCACCACCAGUUUCUCAGUGUCCUCCUCUGGUAUAUGAUUUGCUUGAUAUCAAGUGCUACUCAAGCUUUGGGCAGAAGAUUGCGUGCAAUAAACCAAUGUCUGUGGGCAGCAAAGCAAAUCUAGCAUGUAAAUCAAAUUAUGUUAAGACCAAGGAGUUUAACUAUACUGCUCUCACGUGCACUGACAGUGGUACAUGGGAUAACCAACCAUUCACUUGUGUUCCAGAAUGCGGAAAAUCAGUUCCAAAGCAACGAACAUAUGUCAUCAAUGGAGAGCCUGUAUCAGCUGUGGCAUUUCCGUGGCAUGUUGGAAUAUAUAUUUAUGAAAAUGGUAUAUUUGACCAGUUGUGUGGUGGAACUAUUAUAAAAAGAAAAUUGGUUUUAACUGCUGCUCAUUGUUUUACACAAUCAACUAAUCCUAAAGAUUACAUGAUUGGAGCAGGCAAAUACCACAGAGGCUGGGAUAUAAAGGAUCCAAUGGAGCAACGACUUGAAGUAGAGUCAAUUGUUAUAAAAGAUACAUACCAAGGAAGUUUCCGAAAUUAUGCAGAUGAUAUUGCUAUAAUAGUCUUGAAAACUGAAAUAACAAUCUCAGAUUUUGUGAGACUAGCUUGUGUAGAUCUGGAAAGAAAAUAUGACAAACAGCUAAUCAAUGGAAAUACUGGCUCUAUUGCUCACUGGGGUUACGUUGACAGGCCAAGCCCAAAUGAUGAAAUCCUUACAUCCAUAUUGCCAGUUUUCGAGUCUGUGCAGUGUAACGAAGUACUUCCUGUCACUUUUAAAUAUUUUUUUACUUCUGACAAAUUCUGUGCAGGAUAUGCAAAUGGUUCUGCUGUUUGCUUGGAUGAUGAUGGAGGUGGCUUUUUGUUGGAGCAGGAAGCAACAGCCACAACUAAACAAUGGUUCAUUCAGGGAGUAUAUAGUCUGGGUGUUCCACCAUCAGUAGGAACAUUGUGUCCAAGUUACCCUGUUCUUUUCACUAAAGUGAAUGAUCAUCUGAACUGGCUCAAGACAUACUAUGACAAAUACUAA